AACCCUCCACCCCGCUAACCCCGUCAACCACAGUCUAAGACUGUUGUCGCUGCGCAUUCGCUGCGAACGCUCCUUCCGGUCUCCGUCGAAAAUGGUGCGAACCCCGCUAUCAACCAUGGCCGAAAGGGCACUUCAACUUCAGAUUCCUUUGAGCAAGCAUUUCCCUGCACAGUAUUCUGUGUGCUCGGAUGUGAAAUGUGCUUCUAAGUACAUUCAUGCGAUACUAUCUAAGAAACAAUUGCAAAUUUUCCGGCAUACACCAUGGGGUCACUUUAUUGAUAUUCCUGAUAUCCAGUUUUGUGGCCAAAUAGUCCACAUGUUGUUGUUACGGCUGGUGAAGCAGCAACCCGAUGAUGAGCUUUGGUUCAAUGUUGAGGGUAAACUUAUAGAGUUCACGUACAACGACUUCUGCCGCAUAACCGGAUUACCUGUGGCAGCCCCGAGGCCUGUUGUGGCUGAAGAUAGUGACAACGAUGAUGAACAAGCCGAAGAAGAGGAAGAACCAGGAGAGAUUGCUAAUACAUACUUUCAUGGAUCACUGGAUAUCACUUUAUAUUUAUAUGUUUUGUUGUUUGUGUGUAAAUGUUAUAUGUCUGUGAUGUGUGUAAAUGCUUAGCCUGAAGGGGAGAAUUCUAUUGCUGUGGAAAUAGAUCCAGUAAAGAUUGUAGUGGACGAGUUGAAGUUGGAAUCUAAGCAAAGUAUGACAUGCCACAUGUAUGAGGAGUGUCACACUCCCACAAAUCUUUUGAUGUGCUUAAAAGAGGUAGAAGAUGACAAGAUCCCUG